AUGCGUGGUUAUAUUGGGUACACAACAUGUGCUGCAUUAAAUUAUUCAUUUCUGUUACAAGCCAUCUAUAGAUAUAUGACAGUUAUGUAUCCCAUGCGCCUCUUCUGGCAAUCAACAAGAUUUCAGAUUUUACUUAUUCUUGCAACAUGGAUAUUCAGUUUCAUCUAUCCGUUUGAGUUUUUAUUCAAUAAUGGAAUUAUCUAUAAUGUUGACAAUCAAAUAUGCCAACUGCCACUUCGACGUUCAUUUUCCAUAAUUUAUAUGUCAUCUUGUGUUUAUGCAAUUCCUAUCCUACUAGUUAUUACUACUUACAUCAAGCUUAUUCGAUACGUUCACCAGAUGAGUAAACAUGUCACGGCUAUAGUUGUUUAUACUCGUGCUCAAAAAGAACUAAAAAUGGUUCGACGUAUAGUGAUACUCGUGAUGAUUUUGACAUUCAUCUGUUUGCCCUAUGAAAUAUUUGUGCUGAUGGGAAUGUUCACUAGUCCACCGCAGUACCAUUUUCGCAUAGCAUAUAUAUUUGUUGACUCAUCAUAUACAUUGGUGAUAAUGAUUUUAUUUCAAUUUACUGAACCAGUUAGAUCCUAUGCAAUGAAGAAGAUUGAACGAUGCACAGGCUUAGCCGUUAUAGAUCAAGUGGCAUAG